AUGACACAAAUAACACGCUUUACAACCAAUAGGGAGCAGAAAGUUUCUCAGACCACACUUCCCUUCAAACCUUUAGAUGGAUGGGUGCAACAGCAGAAGAUCACAUAUGAAUCAAUAAAUAUGCUCAAUUUUAACAUAACUUUAAUUUUUUUGGCUUAUGGACCUUCUGGGCCUCUCAAUUAUGCACUUUUCUUUGUCAGUUUGUUGACUUAUCUUGCAACACUUUUUGCAAAUUUAGUGCUGAUGCUGGUGAUCUACCUUGACACAAGUCUUCACAAACCUAUGUUUGUAUUUCUAUUCCAUUUGGCAUUGAAUGGACUUAUUGGAAGCUCAGCAGUUCUGCCUAACAUCAUGUACAACCUUCUUGACAAUAUGAAAUUCAUCUCAUUUGACAGUUGUCUGUUUCAAGUAUUCUGUGUUAAUAUUUAUGCAGCUUGUGCAUAUUUAAUAUUAAUGGUUAUGGCAUAUGAUAGAUAUGUUGCUAUUUGUCAACCACUGCAGUAUCACAACAUAAUGACAGCAAUGAAAGUUAGGUUGCUUCUAGGCAUAGCCUAUAUUUUUCCGAUUUGCUUUUUAGGUACACAAAUACACCUUACUUCACAGAUGCCUUUGUGUAGGUACACUAUAAAUAAGCUGUUUUGUGAUAACUUGGCAGUUGUCAACCUCUCCUGUGUUAAGAGUGUAUUUGGAGACCUGUAUGGCUUGGCAUUGGUAGUUCUCUUUGUUGUUUUUCCAUUAUUAUUUGUGGUUGCGUCAUAUGUAAAAAUAUUACUUGUUAGUUUGAAAUUAUCAGCAAGUGCAAAAAAAAAGGCUUUAAAAACCUGUCUCCCACAUUUAAUCACAUUUAUUAAUUUCUCAUCAGCUACUCUUUUCUCUGUAAUAUAUAAUCGAUUAAAUUAUUACCUUCCAAAAGAGCUUAAUGUUUUCAUAUCUGUACAUUUUAUUCUGAUCCCACCCCUCUUGCAUCCAAUUAUAUAUGGAAUGAAAACCGAAAAGAUUAGUCAAAGUUUCAAAAAACUUCUGCAUAAAAGAGUUUUUGCACUUGAAUUUAAUUUUCAAUCAGUAAACACCAUUUAA